AUGCAGAACUACGGGCAAACACCAGGCUACCAGCGGCCAGGAAGCACGACGAGCUUCACGGGCCAGCAGACCGCUCCUCCACCAGUGCCACCACCGCCCCCCGGAUAUGGAGCUUCUCAGGGAUAUCAAGCACCUGCUCCUCAAGCCCACGGCCAAUGGGCUGCGCCAACGCCGACGCAUACGUCGAACCCAUGGAAUCAAUCGCAACAACAAGGGACAAGAGGGUACAAUCCGGGCACGUAUGGUACUAUGCCAGGUGCGCAGCAUCAAUCGUAUCAUCUCCCUCCACCACAUCAGGACCAGCCUCCUCCACCUCCACCCAAACCCUAUGGCUUCGCAGCGGCAGUCCAACGGCAAGAACAACAACAACAGCAGCAGCAGCAGCAGCAGCAAAGCACGCAGAAUUGGUCGCAACAAUCGCAACCGAAUACCGGGUACGCGCCUCAUGCGCAACAGGGAGGAUACCCAGUACAAGGGACACCACAACAGCCAUAUCAUAAUGCAGCCCCUCCGCCGCCUUCAGCCACACCGGGAGGUUCAUACUUCCCAUCUUCACAAGGAGGAAGGCCCAGCUCCAUCUAUGGUGCAGGCCAGGUCAGCUCAUACACGAAUGCGCCAUCAGCUGGACCACAUCAACCCUCCACUGCUGUCAGCCCGAAUGAGCAGCAGCCGGCAUACACACAGCCACCUCUCCCAGCACCCAGUGCAUACGUUCCUCCUCCGCCAGUAGCUCCUACGUGGCAGCAACCACAGUACGCACAGGGAUAUCAUAAUGCCCAGCAGCAAGCGCCGCCUCUGCCUCCUCGACAUGGCCAACAGAGUGUGCAACAUCCAGAGCACCACCAACCUCAAUAUGGACACCCCAACUCUGAUCAAUACCCGCCACAAUCGCAGACACCUCAUCAGUCACAGCAACCGUCAUUUUGGGGUGCAAUACCAGCUUCGCAACAGCCGGUCGGACAACCGAUAUACCCACAGGCGCAAUCGCAGCAACAACUAGUACAGCAACAGUAUGGACAUUCAGUGUAUGAACAUCAUGGUCAACCAUCUCCAUCAGAUCCGCACCUGCAGAGACCGUGGCAGUCCGCAUCUCCAGCACCCGAGUCUACUUAUCAACAUAGCGUACCACAGACCUAUGAGCCUCAGCAGCAGCCCCCGCAAUCAGGAUACCAAGCACAAGACUCGUUCUUAGGACGGCAGUACGCUCAAAUGCCGAACCAAGGGAUUCAAGAACCAAAGCCAUCCAAUCGAAUUGAAACCGCUACGCCGAACUUCUACCAUCAGCCAAGCCCGCCGAGUCAACCUGUGUCUCCCAUAUCUAAUCGUCCGAGUGUGAGUUCUGCAUCUGGUUAUCAACCUGUAUCUGGACGCACCGACUCCGUGAGUUCCAUAGCCCUGGCCAAUCUCUACGCACAACGCGCAGAGAACAAGACGUCCUCACCAAAACCCCCCGCACCCAAACUACCCGUAUCGCCUCCACCUCGCGAUGACAAGUCAAGGUUCAGUGUUCUGGCCGCGGGUGCACCUUCUGAUUGGGAACAUUUAGGUGGCAGUGAGGAAAUCGACGACGAAGAAUUAUUUGGGGUAAAGAAAGAGGAAAAGAAAAGCGACACUACCCAGCCAGAAAGCGUUGAGUUGCCUGCUCACGUCCCAUCUCCUCCCUCGACACAUAGUUUUCCCAGUCCUGCAGUACGUCCCGCACAUGUGAGUUCAAGUGAGUGGGAUGAAGGCUAUACACCCACACCGCCGUCUGUGACGACAAGUCUUGCCCUACGUCAAGACUCGCAGUCGUCUGACCAAGGGUUCGUUGUAGAAGAUGCCAUCGUCGCACCCCUGAGAACUACGCCAAGACCCAUACAGGGUGCGAAGCCUCCCUAUCAACUUGCUGCAUUGACGACAGGGUUUGUCUCAGCCGAGAGCGGGUAUAAUACAUCACAACACACACCGACACAGCCCAAGCAUCAUUUCGAGUCACGAACUACCAAUGAGUCUAACGACGCUGGAUCCUUUAGCUAUGACUAUACUGUGGAGUUAAAAGAGAAGGAUGACAUUAUCCACCAGCUACGCGCAGAUGCAGAACGGGAAAGGGCUGAACUACACGCGAAGAUUGAAGCGCUGGAGGCUGACAAUCAAAAACUUUUAUCUGAGUAUCAAGCCAACAAAACGCAUAGUGCGAGCCAGAUGAUCGUUUUACGUGCACAGAUUGAGACUGUGAGAACCGCCGCAGACCAAGCCACUGUCAACUCCGAGGCUUUAGUAAAGGAGAAGAACAUGACGAUUGAAAGACUGAAAGAAGAUGUGGAAGGGAAGGAACACAAUAUUGAAGAGCGUGACAAUCUCGUCGCUGAGUUGAAGCGUCAACUUGAAGCUGAAAAGUCGAGAGAAUUGCCAAAAGCCACCCCUGCCGAUCUUAUCUCGGAUAUCGACCCGUGGUAUGUCGGCUCAUUAGAGCGAUACGUAACCAUGCUUCGUAGUGAGGCAGCAGCACCGCAAGUUGAAGAGAAAAUCAAGAUUUUCAAGGCAUUCAUGAAGGUGGAGUCUAGCAUGAGGACAAUCAACUUUUUCGACGCCUCAACGCAAACGCUUCCAGUAGAGCCAGAGACGUCACACCAAACAGAGCAAGUUGCAACUUCAAACAUAUCCACCAAGAGACAGGAUCUGAACAUACAAGUACCGCAGGGGUCUGCAUAUGAGGACGAUUAUGAAUAUAGUCCUGGUGGCAGACCUAUCUUGGCACGUCAAAGUACGAUGCCGCCUAUUGAAAACUAUCAGGGCCCUCCGAAGCCACCUCCCUCGGUAGUAUCAACGACAAUUCUGACUCCGACAAGCUCUAUUGACGACGAUACAAACAAAACGCCAGUUCAAUCUCUGCCUGAGGAGCCGAUGCAACCUCAAUACAAGGCAUACGUUCCACCUGCUAGCAUAUCCAUUGACCCUCCUCAAUUGAGGCACAGACAAACGAUGCCUUUCUCCAAUACUCCAGGUGUGGCUUCACCAUCGGGACGUAGCAACAGCAAGGGCCAUGAUGAGAUCUUCUUUGGAGCUCAUCAACCGACUGCACAGUCGCCUGCUCCUCGGCCUUCCAGUAGCGAAGCAGAUAUUCCCUUGCCCGCGCCAUUGACUCUAACUCCACGCCGCCCAGCGUCUGCCGCUACACCGUCAAAGGGAGAUCCGAACCAGGUGCUCAAGGGUCUGUUGCCGAAGCAGAUCAAUUCUGACUCUUCGAAUCGCCGGAUACAAGAUCUCAGAACUAAGCUCGCGGAUAUUGGAUCAAAAUCCAGCAACACCGAAGACCUUACGAAGACAUGGGAAAAGUCAACAUCGCUGAACCGGCGUAAGAAGGACGACGCCCGCCGCAAGCGUCAAGAAGAGAACGAGGAGCAUAACGACGACCUGUUUAACAACAAUGAGAUCUCGUACGCGGAGAUGAAUCAGCUCGAGGAAGAAUUCAAGCAGAAAGAGGGCGAGCUCAAAGCACAAGAAGACAAGGACGAAUACGAGAGUUACGUGGACACCGUAUUCGAUCCAAUUUUCAAUGGCCUACAUGCCGAGAUCAAAUCCCUCAUGGAUCUGUACGUGGAAGCUAAGCAUCUUCUGCAAUCCUCUGUGAGAGGACUCAAGAGCUUCAAGGAGACGGAUGAUCCAAGUACGAAAGACUGCUUCGAGCUUCUAAGAGAUAUCCACGAGCGGAUCGAGAAGAGACACGACAGUGUCGUACAGCUUGUUGCAGAGCGCGAUAGACGCUACAAGAAAACCGAGACGCAACCUCUUUACGCCGCCGGCAACAUCAGUCAGAUGAAGGCCGUUGAGAAGCAAUUCGAGAAUGCGGAGAAACAAGCUAUUUUCGAAGCUAAGCGUGAGAAGGCUGAACGUAUUAGCGAACUUCUUCAGAUUACUGAGGGAGUCGUCGUUGAUGCGGUGAGCGAUGAGCAAAAAGAAAUCGACUACGUCAUUGCAGUCAUCAAGGAUCUUGAGGAUGGCACCGGUGACCCGGAUGUUCUCAUACAAGCACAAUCGACACUCAGAGCCCUGAAAACUUCAUCCAAGGCUCUUCUCUCCCUCUUCAAUGCGCUGGAGGUUGAAUCCAACAAUGCCGACAUCGAUGCUGAGAUUGCGCAGGUGAAGGCUGAUGAUGCAGAUGCAGAACGUAUACGAGAGUUGGAGGUUGAGAAGGAAGAAGCUGAGAAAGGAUUGGUAGAGGAGUAUGAAAGGAGAGUGAGUGUGCUUGAUAGUGAUGAGACUGAGAUUAUGGAGUUGGUGCAGAGGAAGACGGGGCAAGGUAGUGAGGACACGGCAAAGGAAGAACGACUACGUAUGGCGUUGGAGGAAGCGAAGAGGCGAAAUGGCCAUGCUUGA